AUGGCAGGGUCCGAAACCACUGCGAAGAACAACCAGCACCAGCACCACGACAACAACAACAACAACGUCUCCGCCUCCGCUGCUGCUGCAACUGCGGUUGUUGCAGCAGCCCCACCUUCAAAACCAUCGUUCAGGCGGUUCGUUGGCGUCAGGCAGAGGCCUUCCGGGAGAUGGGUCGCGGAGAUCAAGGACUCAUCACAGCGUGUCCGCUUGUGGCUCGGGACUUACGACACGCCCGAGGAAGCUGCGCGGGCCUACGAUGAGGCUGCGAGGGCGCUGCGUGGUGAGAACGCUCGCACCAACUUCGCAGCAGCCCCAUCGACGAUGAACCCUAAUAAUUACCACCAACCGGACUCGUCAUCAUCACCUUCUUGCGGGUACACUUCACAAAGUGACUAUGCUAGGCCUGGCCUGAGCUUCUCGUCGCUCAAGGCCAAGCUGAGCAAGAAUCUACAAAGCAUCAUUGCCAGGAGCUCAGAGAGCAAGUCGUCAAAAAGCCGGGUCAGUGACCACUUCACUUUCGCCAGCAUAUUCCACUUCAGGGGAUACAACCAAUACCAAAACCCUGGCGACAUCAAGAACAUAGAGAAGGUGGUGCAGCCGAGCAUCGUCGUGCCAUCAUCGCACGUGGCAGUCGACCUUGAGAGCCUCUCCUCAUGGGACAACUCAAGCGUCUCAGACUGCAGCAGCAUCGGGUUCCGGACCCCGGGACUCGAUUCGGACGGUUCUGAAGUUGGGGAAGCUAUCGGCAUGGCGGGUGACCAAGGGUUCUUGGGCUGGAUCGAUAGCCCGGAAUGGAACAAUUACGGCGACCCGGGAUUGAUGAGCGGUGGAGAGCUUUCGAGAAGCAAGAGGUUUAAGGUUUCUUCUUCGGUGGUGGUUCCUCCAACUUUCAGUGAAUCUCCAUACGACAACAACGGUGAGAAGUGA